AUGCAGGCCUCUCCCCUCGCCGCCCGCACGGCUCUCGCGGGCAAGGCGACCACCGCCCGCGCCUCCCGCGCGGUCCGCGUCCGCGGCGCGACCCUCAAGGUCCGCGCGGACGCCAAGCAGCUCACCUUCGACAUGAAGUCCCGGAUGAAGAUCCAGGAGGGCAUCGACAUCGUCGCCGACGCGGUUGGCGUCACCCUCGGCCCCCGAGGCCGUAACGUCGUGCUCGCCGAGAAGGUCGGCAUGCCCCAGGUCAUCAACGACGGCGUCACCAUCGCGCGCGCCAUCGAGCUCCCCGACCCCGUCCAGAACGCCGGCGCCCAGCUCAUCAAGGAGGUGGCGGGCCGCACCAACGAUUCCGCCGGCGACGGCACCACCACCUCGUCGGUGCUGGCGAGGGAGAUGAUCCGUCUCGGGCUCCAGUCCGUCACCGCGGGCGCGAACCCCAUCUCCAUCAACCGCGGCAUCGACAAGACCCGCAGGUACCUCACCGACAAGCUCGAGGAGAUGGCCAAGCCCAUCAACGGCAGCGCCGACAUCAAGGCGGUUGCGUCCAUCUCCGCGGGGAACAACGACGAGAUUGGCCAGAUGAUUGCCGAGGCGAUCGAGAAGGUUGGCGCCGACGGCGUGCUCUCCAUCGAGAACGGCAGCGGUCUCGAGACGAUCGUCGAGGUCGAGGAGGGCAUGGAGAUUGACCGCGGCUACAUCUCCCCCCAGUUUGUCACCAACCAGGAGAAGCUCACCGUCGAGUUUGACGGCGCGCGCGUCCUCGUGACCGACGAGAAGAUCGAGUCCAUCAAGGAUCUCGUCCCCAUCCUCGAGCAGGUUUCCCAGUCCGGCGGCGAUCCCCUCCUCAUCAUCGCCGAGGACGUCGCCGGCGAGGCGCUCGCCACCCUCGUCGUCAACAAGAUCCGCGGCGUGCUCAACGUCGCCGCCAUCAAGGCGCCGGGUUUCGGCGAGCGCCGCAAGGCUCUCCUCCAGGACAUCGCCAUCGUCACCGGCUCCACCUUCCUCGCGAAGGACCUCGGCAUGGGCGCCGCGUCCGCCACCAUGGAGACCCUCGGCUACGCCCGCAAGGUGACCAUCAGCAACGGCACCACCACCCUCAUCGCCGACUCGGCGUCUCGCGAGGAGAUUGACAUUCGCGUCGCGCAGCUCAAGAAGGAACUCGCCGAGUCGGAUUCCAUCUACGACACCCAGAAGCUCUCCGAGCGCAUCGCGAAGCUCGCCGGCGGCGUCGCGGUCAUCAAGGUUGGCGCCGCCACCGAGACGGAGCUCGAGGACCGCAAGCUGCGCAUCGAGGAUGCCAAGAACGCCACCUUCGCCGCCAUCGAGGAGGGCAUCGUGCCGGGCGGCGGCGCGGCGCUGGUUCACCUCUCCCUCAUGUGCGACGAGUUCAAGGAGACGCUCACCGAUCCCGAGGAGAAGCUCGGCGCGGAGAUUGUCCAAAAGGCUCUCGUCGCGCCCUGCCGCCUGAUCGCCAACAACGCCGGCAUCGAGGGCGACGUCAUCGUCGAGAAGGUUCUGAACAGCGAGUGGGAGAUGGGCUACAACGCCAUGACUGGCGAGUUUGUCGACAUGAUGGAGGCGGGCGUCAUCGACCCCAAGAAGGUGACCAGGUCCGGCCUCAUGAACUCGUGCUCCAUCGCCGGUAUGGUGCUCACCACCCAGGCGGUCAUCACCGACAUCCCCAAGAAGCAGGCCGCGGCGCCCAUGGGUGGAAUGAACCCGGCCAUGGACCCCAACGCCAUGGGCAACUUCUCCCUGUAAACGGUGAACUCUGUCGACUCGGUCAAGUUGAGUUAAAAAGAGGGUGGGUGUGAUGAAAGAAAAGAACGACGCGUCAGAGGAGGCGUCGAAAUGCGCGCGGAGGAGGGUGUGGCGUGAUGAAAAACAUGGGAGAGAGGAGGAAAGCAAAGCAGCGAAGGGGCCGAUAUAUUACCACUGGGCUCACGUACAUAGAGGGCGUCUUCCGAGUGAAGACGCUCGAUUUUUUCAUUAGCUUUUCGAGCUCGCGGGUGAACCCCGCGGCGCUCAUGCAAUGCGAACAUCGUAUAACUUU